ACCCAUACCCGAUUACAACUUUUCAGGUCCAAUUAAGCCCACAAACAGAUUCGGGCGGGCACCCCCACCGGACCGGACAAUCCGCCAAUUCACCGAAACCCGCUCCCCUUCACCCCGCCAAUCGGGGAUUCCUGCUCAACAGUUGCGAUUUCCUUUUGAUUUCACCUUAUGGAAAUGCUGAAUCUCGUCGCCGACGCCGCCAUGCCCAGGCAGCUCGAGGUCUGACGAUUACCCACAGAGACGUGAAACUUUUCUGAGAGAAGUAGAGGAAGAAAUGGUGCGGAAGCGAUUGCUGUUGCUCUUGAAGCCGUUUGAUGCGUACCCUGCUCAUGAACUCGCCGCACUUUCCUCCUCCAACAACCGUAAGGGUGAAGCUGGCUUUAUGGAGGUUGAAUCCGACAAGAAUAUGUUCUUUAAUUGAUGGGAAUGACUUUUGGAGUUCAAAACUUAAUGCAUCUUGUAUGGCUUGGUUCCGAUUAUUCAAUAUGACAUGCUUCAUGUAAAAUAAGUUUUCUUCUCCUGAAGGCGUUGCAGGUAUUAAGAUUUUUGUAUGACAGGAUGCUGGUUCACAGAAAUGCUAUUAACUUCUGCCGAAAUAUUUUGAUGAAAAAAGCUGUUAAUUCGAGAGUUGUGUUUCGUAGUGAUCUAUCUCAGCCAAUCCAUGAUGUAGAUCUGGUCAUUACAAUUGGAGGUGAUGGCACCCUAUUACAAGCAAGUCACCUCAUGGAUGAUUCGAUUCCAGUUCUUGGAGUGAAUUCUGAUCCCACUCGACCAGAUGAGGUGGAGGAAUUCAGUGAAGAAUUCGAAGCUACAAGGAGCACUGGCUAUCUUUGUGCUGCCACUGCCAACAACUUUGAACAGAUGCUAGAUGACAUCCUUGACAAUCGCUCUGAACCUUCUGAAUUAGCAAGAAUUGCUGUUAAUCUAAACUCAAAGCCAAUAUCAACUUCUGCUCUAAAUGAUGUUCUACUGGCGCAUCCAUGUCCUUCAAGAGCUUCUCGAUUCUCAUUCAGGAUCAUGAAAAACGGUGAGCUUUCUUCUUCUUUGCUACACUCAAGAUCAAGUGGGCUGAGAGUCUCGACAGCUGCUGGAUCCACGGCCGCGAUGCUCUCAGCUGGUGGAUUGGAAAUGCCCAUUUUAUCCAAGGAACUCCAAUAUAUGGUAAGAGAGCCCAUUUCACCGGGUCUUACCUCACACUUAAUGCACGGGUUUAUGAAGUCCGAUGAAAUGAUGGACGUUACAUGGUAUUGCAGAGAGGGGUUCCUAUAUAUUGAUGGUUCCCAUGUGGUUCAUUCUAUUCAACAUGGAGAUACCAUCAACCUCUCUUCCAGGGCUCCAAAGUUAAAACUGUAUUUGCCACCCCAUCUGUUAUCCCACAAUGUAUGAAAGAAAUGAAAAAACAGAUGUUUUUUGCUAAA